AUUUUCACGGUCAAUUUCAAAGGCCUACUUUCUUAUUCAUUUAUUUUUUUUUAGCUGAUAUUGUAAAAUCGUGUUUAUCAAAAAAGAAACUAAGUUGAUACGCUACUUUACAACGUUAAGAUAAUAACUAAGUAGCUAAGUCGCCCUGAAAUCAUCAUUGAUAAUUUUUGGUUGUCGUUUCCUUUUCAACGAGCGACGAUUAGACGAUUUUUCUAUGAGCUCUGUAUGCGUCAAGAUGUUGAAGAUAUAAGCUAUUACUGACUUUUUGUUAAGGUAUUCAUGUAUUCAAUCAUUCCAUACGAGUAAUAUCAGAGUGUCUUCGUGUCUAGUGUUACUUCAACUACCUAUAAGUAUAAUUAUUAAUUACUGAUUAGUUAGCAAAUUGUUUGAAAAAAACUGCAUUAAUCAAUAACUCCUCUGUGACGUCGAGUUUCCUACGCGAUAUGAUUUUCCCCAGUAGCAUUGUUAUUCUUAUUUUAGCAAUAACAACAGCACAGUGCAGACGUCGAAAUCCAAAAGAAGCUCAUUUUAGGUGUCUCAAUAAUGAAAAAUAUAUUCGAAAUGAUCUGUUUUGUAAUGGUGAAGAUGACUGCGGCGAUAACAGCGAUGAAAAUGUCGGAUGCGAUGAGUCUUAUCAUCCCGGAGAUUUUAAAUGCGGUGGUGGAAAUGGACCAUCUUAUAUGAAAAUCAAGGUUAGGUGCAAUGCGAAUCCGGAAUGCCUGGAUGGCUUGGACGAGCUCAAUUGUGGAGGCGAAACAAAUUUGAAAAACUGCACUGAACUGAAUGGAAAAUUUGCUUGCGAAGAUGAAUCUAAAUGUAUUGAUUUUAAAUACAUGUGCAAUGGAGAGUGCAAUUGUUUAGACUGUUCAGAUGAAAAAAACGGUUGCUACAAAUACGAUGAAUAUCUAUGCCAAAAAUGUUCACAUGCCUGUAUUUCAACGUCAACCAACAACAUUUCUUUAAUAAGCGAAACAGCACUCUUUGUUUCAGAUCAAAAUUGUGCAGGAUGCAGCAAUCCACAGACUCGCUGUGAGCACAAAUGCAUCCAGUAUAAGCCGCAUUCCAACCAAGAAAGGUGCCUUUGUGAUGAGAAUUACAAAUCCGAAACGUCCGAAACAAAAUCCAAUCACUAUGGGAAGUGUUACAAUGACGUUCAAUAUGAAAAUAUUUUGAUUUAUUCAACCUCAAAUCAAAUAAAGGUGUUGAAUUUGACCACAAAUUUAACAUACGUUCUUCAACAAAGUGUCAACUGUACAGCGAUAUCCGCGUCUCAAUUCAACGUUUAUUUUGCAACCACUAGCAACAAAACUGGGCAAAUUUUCAAGACUUCAAUUAGUUCAGAAAAUAAAACAGUCAACCAGUUGCUCAAAUUAGAUUCGAUAGUAGAAUCUUUAUCAGCAGAUUGGCUUACAUCAAACAUUUAUUUCUCGGCGUUAUCUUCUAUAUUCGUAUGUGAUGAGGGUGGCAAAAUUUGCUCACGGUUACUAUCAAGAUCUGCAGAAGUAUAUUCCAUCAUUUUAGCGCCAAGAUUUGGGUGGAUGUUUUGGAUUGAAAAUAAUCGAAUUUUUAAAUCAACCAUGGACGGCGUCAGAAUAAGCGAAAUAUUCAAAGACUCGUCUCCAAUUUCUCUACUACAAGUCGACGAACCGACAAACAGCAUUUAUUGGUUCAAUUCAUACGAAAAGGAAAUCCAGUUCAUGAAAUUAUUUAAUUUUGCAUAUCCUGAUCAUAAAAAAAUAAAUCAGAAAUGGUCACCAAAUUCGUACGAAAAUAUCGCAUCAUUUUCAAUUUUCGAAAACAGCGUAUUUUUUUCAAUACGCGACAAUGGCAGCAUCUUUGUCGCAAAAAAAGUUCGUCGAUCGUCUGAAAUUUAUAUUACCGAUCUAGAUUCAACUAUAAAAAACAUAUUCGUUUACAAUCCUUUGCUUCAACGUACAAAGAUACCGAAUCCGUGUAACGAAUCUUUCUGUUUUGAUUUAUGUCUGCAAAAGCCAGCCUCCCAUUCAAGAGGUCUAAAUCACUCCUGUAUUAUUUGCGAGAAUACUACCGACUGGUCAAAUACGAGUAUUACUGAGCCUUUUUGGUGUCAAAUGAAGAUUCCACCAAUUUCAGCUGAAGUUUUGUUAAACGAAGAACAACAUUUCACGGCGAAACACACUCAUAAUAAGAGAUCCAGGUCUAAUAAAAUUUCAAAUUCGAAACCAAAAAAACCUCAAACUGUUUUACAGUCUGGAGAUGAAAACGAUAGUGCUUCGAGUACAAGAACCUUGCUCGAUACUUGGCUGUUACCGUUACUAUUAGUAAUAAUUAUUUUAUUGAGCCUAUCAACGUUAUUUAUCAUUGUAUUCGGUUACUUUUUAUUCAAGAGACUGAUGCCUGUAUUAGAAGAUCUAAGGACGAGACCUGGUGAGCCCAGAAACGACACUCAACCUGUACUAGAAGAUCUAAGGACGACACCUAGUGGACCCAGUGACACCCAUUACGAGCUAGAUAACAGCAAUUAUUAUCACUAUAGUAGCAUAGGGCAGAAUUCUUGAAAAUUUGAAUUGAGUUCUUUUGUAUUUUGUUUUGUAUUUUUUGUUCUAAUUUAUGUAAUAUUCGCGAUUCUUUAAGAUUAUGAACGACUUUAUAUUUUUUUUUAUGAUGACAAUUCUAAAAAGUAGGUUCAGGAAUGUUGGGAGGAAGAUCACAUUUUGGUCGAAUGUUUUCAGUACCGAAAUUAUAUUUAAUUAUCUACUUAGACCUUUUUAGGUUCUUCAUUUAUUGUGUUCGUAAUUUUUAAAUACCUAAAUUAAAUGCAUAUGAAUGUUAAUUGAUCGUGUUUAUAUUCAACAAUCUGUACAGUGUACCUAUACUGUAUAUUGUGUAUGUAUAUACCCAUAAAUCGUACCUAGACCUACUAAUAUACCUGAUAACACAUUUCCAUCUGCACUCUUUAAUCGUUCUCAUAACCAAUUAAUAGUAAACGCCAACACUCAGAUCA